ACACAUCGAUCAACCAUUGACGUAUUUGUUCCGUUCGUCGUUGCUGUGUUCCACUUAUUCUUUGUCAAAAGUAUCGCUUCUCUCUGCAAGCUUUUGUUAGUAUAAAAGUCUACUAGACCUCCGCAUUCGAUACUCUUCUUAUCAUGUCACCACACCACGACGCACCUUCUCCUGCAAACAGCUACAGUCAAGAUACCGACUUCCACCAUUCCGUUCAGUCCGUCUACACUAUGAGCCAAUAUAACAACUUUGACACCAGCUCAAUGGAGUCUACCGAUAUGGGUAUUCGACGAUCCUUGGUUCCUGGCAUCUAUGUUCCCACCGUAGCGUUCUUCGAACCAUCAUCGGAUAACGUUGAUGUCGAGACCACUGCCAGCCACGCCGUCCGCCUAGCGAAAGCUGGUGUUGCUGGAAUCACCACCCAAGGAUCCAACGGCGAGGCUGUCCACCUGUCACACAAGGAACGCGAUCUCAUCACCAACACCACCCGCAAGGCUCUUGAUGAUGCAGGCUUUGGUUACAUGCCUAUAAUCGUCGGAUGUGGUGCUCAGUCGACUCGGGAAGCCAUCGAACUCUGCGAAGAGGCAGCUUCGGCUGGCGGAGACUACGCUCUGGUACUUCCACCAGCGUACUACCAAGGCUUGUUCUCGAAGGAUACCAUCAAAGAGUUUUUCCAGGACGUAGCCACCGCUUCGCCCAUUCCAAUUCUCAUCUACAACUACCCCGGAGCAGUCUCUGGACUGGAUCUCAACUCCGAUGUUAUCAUCGAAUUGGCUCAGCACCCGAACAUCGUUGGCUGCAAGUUGACCUGUGGCAACACCGGGAAGCUCAACCGCAUCGCCGCAGCAACACGUGCUGCCACUGUCUCAGAUCCUGGAUCCGGCUUCAUGUGCAUGGGCGGGUCCGUUGACUUCACACUGCAAACACUGAUUGGAGGCGGAUCCGGUAUCAUUGGCGGCAUGGCCAACAUUGCGCCCAAGACGUGCGUCAAGCUUGUGGAGCUGUUCGAGGCUGGCAAGUUCGCGGAAGCCCGCAAACUCCAGGCCAUCGUUGCCCGAGGAGACUGGGCGGCUAUCCAAGGCGGCAUCAUUGGCACCAAAGCUGGGCUCAUGGCCCAUUUCGGAUAUGGAGGCUAUGCUCGUAAGCCUCUCCCUAGGCCCGGAAAAGACGAAGUUCGCAAGUGGCGAGAUGCCUUCGACGAGCUUGUCAAGACUGACAACUCUCUUUGAGUAACACAAGUUCCCCCGCUUCGACAAAAGGAUAUCAUGACUCCAUGGCGUGCAUGCUUUCCUUCCCAAACACCGUUUCGCAUUGCUCUCGGCGUUGAGCGCACUCUUGCAUAUUCUUAGUGGCGUUUUCCUGAUUAGGUUAUCGUUUUCUUG